UUUCUGGCCAAUUCUUUUCAUUUUCUUGUUCUUCUUGCCUUCUCUCAUUUCUUCAUUAUUCAAAGCUCUGCCGUACAUAAACACACCACAUCUUCGCCUACAGAGCAAAACCCAACAAGGAAAUUUCUCUACUCUCUCUCUCUCUCUCUCUGCUUCACAUGACCUAGUUGCCAUUCUAUUAAUGUGUCUUGCAGCUUUUGACAUUCUCUCAGCAGACACUAUACCUCAUAACUUCCUUAAACUAAAUCUCCUUGUCUUCUGAUCUUCUUUCUUCUUUGCUUGCUUCUCUUUAUAACCCCAGCUGAAAACUCUAACUCUCUUUCUAUGAACAUGUAUAAGAAGGACAGGUCUUCCAGGGAAAUGGAGAAUACAUUUCCUCAAAGGAGACGAACUCCAUCUUUUUCUUCUUCCCUUCUUGAUGCUAUUUAUCGUUCGAUUGAUGAACCCAAUGGCGGUGAAGAGGAAUUUUUCAGUCAGUAUAGAGAAACUAAGAUGAUCAAGAAACAGAGCACUGCCAAAUCUGUUUCUACUGCCGCCCGACGUGAUGCGUUUCUUGAAGCAGAUCUUCGAAGAGAUAUCAUGAUUGAAAGUUGGAUGGAGAAGCAAAGCACUCGUGGUUCUCUGCAUUCUAAUUCUACUUCCUCUUCUUCAGAUUCCAGCUCUGGUGCAGGAGGAAGUGGCGGUGGAGUGUUCUCGUCAUCUGAAGCAGAGUCGAGUGUCAAGGAAAAUUCAACAAGGGUAUCAAUCUUAACUCCACAGAGAAUCAACCCACUUUCAGAAAAACAACAGAAGCCAAAGUGUGAAGGAGGAUUUACAAAGACAAAGCUACGAGCACUGAAAAUCUAUGGAGAAUUAAAGAAAGUAAAGCAACCAAUUUCACCAGGGGGUCGCAUUGCCAGCUUUCUGAAUUCUAUUUUCAACUCAGGGAGUGGGAAGAAGGUGAAACUUUGUUCCAUUGGAGCCGUAGAUGAUGUGAGUUCCGAGCGAAAAUCAAAAUCUGCAUGUUCUUCAGUUACAUCAUUUUCGAGAUCUUGUUUAAGCAAAACGCCACCUUCAAGAGGAAAACAGAGCAACAGAAGCAAAAGGUCAGUGAGAUUUUAUCCUGUUACUGUGAUUGUUGAUGAGGAUUCUAGGCCUUGUGGUCAUAAAUGUAUCUAUGAAGAUGAUCCUGGGUUGAUGCCAAUGCCGAUUCCUCAAAAAAUUGCCAAGAGUUCUUCUCUGAAAGGAGAUGUUGUUAAAGGAGCAAAUUACAUCAGGAAGUAUCAGAAGAAGAAUAUCAGUGAAUUUGAUUUCAGGGGUUUUCACAGUUAUGUUGAAAAUCAUGAAGACAGCGAUGAUGAAGAAGAAGAUGAUGAUGAGAGUUGCUCAAGCUCUGAUCUUUUCGAGCUAGAUCAUCUCAUUGGAAUUGGAAGGUACAGAGAAGAGCUACCAGUUUAUGAAACUACAAGUUUGAAAACAAAUCAAGCAAUUGCUAAUGGCUUAAUGCUGUAGUUCAUUGUGAAAUCAAUCAAUCAAUGUAAAUUAUUUGUAUGGGAAAUCAAUUACUUAAUCAAAUAACUUAUUCUGUUAA